UAGCAUAUAAUCCCCGCAAGUUGAUAUUGCGAUUGGCGGCCAUCUUGGUGACGUAGUCGACGUCGCACCGUCAGUACCGUUCGCAAGGUCAGCCCGCGCUUACGUGCAUCGAGUACUUGUUAUAGCUUUUUGUUUUUGUUAUCCUGUUUUAUUGUUAUUUUUGAGUUUUGUUGUUUAGUUUUGUAACCUGUUACCCGUUAAAAUGAGUAAGAAAUUAAUUAACAGUCGUGCUCGUGAAAUGAUAAUUAAAGUGGACAAUUAUUUUGUAAAAGAGAAAGAAGACUCAAAGUUAGUUAUCCAAAAUAUAAUCCGUGCCUUAAAAAGUGCUUCGAACACUACUGAGGACAUUUUAAUGUCGAAGCAACUAGUAAUAGACAUUUUGAAUAUUUUGCAAAAUUCUACCAAAGUCACGGAACGUGUGGCUUGUGCCACAGGCGUUGCAAAAAAUACUGUGACGAAAUUACGACGAGAGCAUGAGUCAGCAACAGCAAGUGGCAGCAAAAUGAGAACUCCUACCAAAGCAAAAAGGCAAAGGAAGGAAUAUUUCGACGGAUUUUCACUAACAGCAUUAAGAAAUAUCAUUCAUUCAAUGUAUACGGUAAGAAAAGAAAUUCCUACAAUGCGCAAAAUGUUGGCGGCUGCAAAAGUAGACCUUAAUUAUACUGGUAGUGAAACUACAUUAAGAAAAAUAAUUAAAAGUGAUUUAGGCUACCAAUUUAAACGAUGUUACCAAAAAAGACUGGUUCUAAUUGAAAGACCCCAAAUAAAAGCAUGGAGGGCUAAAUAUUUACGCCGUAUGAAACAAAAUGACUUGCUUGGUGCUAACAAAAGACCCGUUAUUUAUCUCGACGAAACGUGGAUACACGCGCACUACUCAGUAAAAAAAUGUUGGCAAACAGCAACCGAUGUAGGAGUGAGACGGAACGACAGCCCCGGCCGCCGAUGGAUAAUAGUUCACGCGGGAAGCGAGACUGGCUUUGUUGACAAUGCCGUUUUAAUGUUUAAGGCAGACACCGAAACGGGGGAUUAUCACGACCAAAUGAAUGCGGAGAAUUUUACAAAGUGGCUUACAGAAAAAUUACUACCCAAUAUACCACGCAACUCUAUAAUUAUGAUGGAUAACGCCCCUUAUCACAGUAAGGAAGAGAAUAAGCCACCAAACAUGAAUAAUAGAAAACAGGUGAUGGUUGAGUGGCUACAAGCCCACAACAUUGAAUUUCCCAGCGAGAGUACAAAACCAGAACUAUAUCUAUUAAUUAAACAACACAAACCGCCGAAAAAUUAUAAAAUCGACAAGUUAUUAGCUGACAAUGGCCAUGAGGUCGUUAGAUUGCCACCGUACAACUGCGACCUCAACCCUAUUGAAAACGGCCGAGGCCGAUAA